CCAUAACAUACAGCUGAGCUCCGUCUCAUACCACAUCACAACAUCGAGCUUCCCUCAGACUCAAUUGCACCACUACAGUACCUUUUUUAUCACCCCUAAUCUCUUACCAUAUCAACAAUCACAAUGGGUUGGUUCAGCAGUGACGAGAAGAGUGUCCUUCAGACACACCCGGUCAACCCCGACGUCACCACAUCGGCUCGCUCCGGUGCUGAGCAAGACCGCUACGGCGAGCACUUCUCCCAAAUCGGUCACCAGGCUGGAGAGAAGAUCCGCGAGGGCAUCCACGAGAUUAACGCCCACGCCCGGGGUAGCGGCGCCGAACAGGAUCGCUACGCUCAGCACCUGAGCGUUGGCGAGUCAGGGUACAACGCGGUCAAGAAUGAAGCACAGUACGGAUAUAACAAAGCAAAGCAAGAGGCACAGUCGGGUUAUGAUCAGGCAAAAUCAUAUGCCAACAAGGCCCUGCAUGCGUCCGGCAGCGGAGCUGAGCAGGAUCGCUACGGCGCUCACUUUGGCGGGCAGCUUUUCGAUCCCGUUAGGGCAGCUGCUUUGAGCAUCAUUAGCUCAGGAGGCAACACAAGCAAGGCCGACUACCAUUGGUUGGGUCACGACGGUCGUGAGCGGGCCAAGUUCCUGGCUGCGCAGAAGGGCACAACGGGAUCUGAACAGGACAGAUACGGAGCGCACUUCACAGGCUUUGGACAGGCAGCUGCUCAGUCGAUCAAGGAUGCGUGGAACAACGCCAAGAAAUAGUCGACGAAUGAAUGUGGAAGAUAUCACUUGGCCAGAAGAUUGAAACGAUUACGACUAUGUAUACAAUACAAAUAUUUAAUCACAGCACAAUGGAGUGACCUUUGCAUCCAACCCAGCCGGCACCCGAAGUUCAUGACCAAUACUUCCAUGCCAUGAAUGAGAAAGGUCCCCUGUCCCUCUGGGCUGCCGUAGUAACGCUAAAAAGAAUCUUCCAUCGUCUAAGCCUCAACAUCAGAGUUUACCACAGAGCCUUCUGCGGCUGGUGGUACAUAGACUGAAGCAGUGAGAGUCAGCAACUCACUUUUGCCCUCGAUCGUGUUACUGCCUUGCGCUUCCUUCUCGAGAUCAAGGCGCAGAGAAGCAGGCUCUGUUUUGUAGUCGCCAAUGUCGAUCAA